UUCUUCUACAAAUUCUUCCAAGAUUUUACUCAGGAGCCCUUGGUGGAGAUAGAAGGUGUAAGUAACAUGGCAUUUCGUCACCUAAUUGAGUUCACCUAUACAGCAAAAUUAAUGGUCCAAGGUGAGGAAGAAGCAAAUGAUGUUUGGAAAGCAGCUGAGUAUCUACAGAUGUUAGAAGCGAUCAAAGCACUUGAAAUCAGGAACAAAGAAAAUUCAUCACCCUUAGAAUCAAAUCAAGCACAAGGCAAAAAUAAACCGAAAAAGAGGAAGAUAGCUGAAACUUCUAAUGUUAUCACAGAAACACUGCCAUCUGCAGAGUCGGACCCUGUUGAAAUUGAGGUUGAGAUUGCUGAAGGGACGAUUGAAGUGGAAGAUGACAGCAUUGAAACACUUGAAGAAGUAGCAUCUGCAGAGCAAUCCAUAAAGUACAUACAGACAACAGGUACAUCAGAUGAAUCUGCUUUGGCUCUUUUGGCAGAUAUCACCAGUAAGUAUCGUCAGGGAGAGACAAAAUGCCAGAUCCAAGAAGAAGGUGAUAGUGCAACUGAUCCCUCGUGCAAACAGGAACACAUGAAAACACACUCUGCUGAGAGUUACAAGUGUGACAUAUGCAAUAAAAGGUACCUGCGAGAGAGUGCUUUGAAACAGCACCUCACCUGUUACCACCUCGAUGAAGGUGGUGCCAGCAAGAAGCAAAGACCUGGGAAAAAAAUACAUAUAUGCCAGUACUGUGAUAAGCAGUUUGACCACUUUGGACAUUUUAAAGAGCACCUCCGGAAGCACACAGGUGAAAAACCAUUUGAAUGUCCAAACUGCCAUGAACGUUUUGCUAGGAAUAGCACACUCAAAUGUCACCUGACGGCCUGUCAGUCUGGAGCUGGAGCUAAAAAGGGAAGAAAGAAGCUGUAUGAAUGUCAGGUUUGUAACAGUGUGUUUAACAGCUGGGAUCAAUUCAAAGAUCACUUGGUAAUACACACAGGUGACAAACCCAACCACUGUACCUUAUGUGAUUUGUGGUUUAUGCAAGGCAGUGAGCUGAGAAGGCAUCUCAAAGAAAUGCACAAUAUUUCAGAACGAAUAGUGGCAGAAGAGGUUCUUCCAGUGGAAGCUGUGGAAGCUGAACCAGUAACAUCAAUGACUAUAAUUGAACAAGUGGAGCAAGUUCAUGUCCUACCAGUAAUUCAGGUACAAGUGGAUCCUGCACAGGUAACAGUGGAACAGAUGCACCAGGAUCUCAUACAGGACAAUCAAGUGAAAGGCCCACAGAUAGAUGAACUGCAAGAACAGGUGCAAAUUAGUUACUUGGAAGUUGAACAUAUUCAGACUGAACAAGGUGCUGAAGUUCAUGUGGAGCAGUUACAUGUUGAGCACGUAAAUCAAAUACAGAUGGAAGAAGUACAGGCAGAACUUAUAGAUGGAACAGACCUGGAACAAGUAGAAUAUGCAAGUGUUGAUCAAAGAGAAGCAGAAGAAAAGGAACCUAAUCAAGUAGAUGAUGCAGAUAAGGAAGAUUGUGAACAAGCUGAAGAAUUAAAAACUCAACAAUUAGAGGACACACAGAAUGAAAAGGUGGAUGACUAGGACAAAUAACGACACUAUGCAGGUUUAGGAAUGAAAUACCAA